CUUCGAGAUCCCAAGAAAAGAGCUUCAGCCACUCAACACCUUCCCUUGCUUCUUCACCUCCCAGCCUUACCACGCUAAAUCGCAACCCGCGACGAUCAACUCUCGGGGAAUUGCUUGCUUGUUUCGACUCACCCCCCAAGUACGACAUUUCCCUCACCGGCAAUCAGUGAUUAUCAACAACAUCUUGCGCUAGGCAUCUCAAGCCUGACCCACGCGCGACGGCACACUGGCAGUGUAGUGUAAUUCAUCUCCUCGAUCCAAACGGCACUCCCCCAAGACGCGACGACGUAACGCGCGAUAUCCUCCACGACCAUGGAUAACUCUCUCGACAAGACGACACUCUCGACAAUAUCCCUCCUCGAAUCGCGUCUACUACGCAUCGAGCACCUCCUAUAUGGCCCAACGGCACCCUCACACUCCUCCCAAGCGGACUCGGCAGUCGACACCCUAGAAGAUCUCGAGCGCCGCUUCAACCACCUCCUCUCCCGCAUCCGCGUAUACGGCGAACUGAUGAAGAUCUACAACUCCCAACCAACCCUCUUCCAGCCCCCGUCGCCCUCCGAGCCGCCAAUCCAUCUCGCCCCAGAAGCAAUCCGAGCCACUGUCCUCGCCUCCGCCGCCGCCUUCCCGGCGACAGCUUCGUCCCUGACCUCCGUCAACGACUGCCCCAUCCCCGAAUCAUCCCAGAGCGCGGCCCUCGCCUCCCUCAUGCCUAGACUGCAUGGCAUUGAAGCGACCCAGAUCGCCCAGGAAGCAGAGAUGGCCGAGUUGCGCGCCCGGAGUGAGGAGGUCCUCCAGGCAUGGUACCAGCAGGGUGUCUUGGGCGUCUCUGACUUCGUCGCCGACGUCGAGGGUCGGGUGGAGAUGGUCGAGCGCCGAGUGCGGAGAGCCGAACGAGAGAAGGAGGCCGCGGCAGCCCUUUGAUAUGUCCCGUUCUUGGAUGCGACACUAUGUCAACCUUGAACAACGGCGUAAAGAUUACUAGUAUACAGACGAUUACCGGUGGGCUUGCACCACAGGGGCCUGCAUAUACUUAGAAUGCUGGUUAUACUCCAGGGCCGCUCGGGACGGCUAUUCCACCCAACCAACUCCGAGAUCAGGCCAUCUGCCGGCACGCAUGCAACUCAAGAGUCACCUUGGGUGGGAGCUUUGCAGAGUCGCGACCAUGAUAACAGCCCCAGCCGGGCCAGCAAUGGUUGGGCUUCUCAG